UGGACGGACGAGGUAUGCCAUCUGAAACCCGAAAUCGCUUCCUGCUACUGUAUGGAUCUCAGACAGGCCAAGCCAAGGCAAUAGCUGAGGAAGUUCACGACAAAUCUGAGCAGUUUGGUUUACAUGCGGAACUGCACUGUAUCAGCUACACAGAGAAAAAGUUCAACCUUGAGCGAGAGCGCUGUGUAGUGUUUGUUGUCUCGACUACUGGGGAUGGUGAACCACCAGACACAGUACAGAAGUUCUGGCGACGACUCAAUAAACGAACACUGCCUGACACUCAUCUACAACAUCUGCAUUACUCUCUACUGGGUUUGGGAGACACAAAUUACACAAAUUUCUGCAAGUGCGGGAAGAGCUUGGACAGAAGGCUAGAGCAACUUGGAGCUAAGCGUUUUUUCCCCUGUGCCUGGGCUGAUGAUGGUGUUGGGCUUGAAGUUGCGGCUGAGCCAUGGAUUGACAAUGUGAUACCAGCAGUAAGGGAGUUUUUAGGAUUGCCCGCUGUGGUGGUGAAAUCAGUGGAGUGGGUCAGUAAGGGAGAUAACUACCCAGUUUCCCACUUGGAGGCUCCAUCAGUCCAGUGUGACACAGCUCAGAGUAAUGGGCAAUCUGCUGCGGAUAAUAAGGUAGAAAAUGAUACCAAAGCAGAUCUGACUGAAUCCCAGACAGCUGAUAUUAACAUGUCUGAAUUGUCUGGACAUGGUAGUGAUAGGACUGCUAUUGUAAAUACAUCGCACACUUUGGACUCUUCAGACUCAAGAAACUCACAGAAUACUUCAGAAUUUUCAGGGAUUGGAAAUAGUUUAGCAGCUGCAGGCAGCAAUGCGGUUGAUGGUUAUGUACCAGGUGGUAAGGUGUUAAACGAGCCCAUGGAUGUGACAUUAUCUCUAACCUCACCAUCACCUGAACUAAGAGACUACUCUCUAACAGUACCUCUUCUGUCCCCACCAUUCCUUUGCCUCACCUUCACAGACCAAACUUCAGAGAACCUAGAAGACUUGCCUUAUCAGAAUGGCUCUGCCCUCCCCUCAGCAGCCUCACCAGUUACCAUGGCUACAGUUGUGUGUGCAAAGAGACUUACCCAAGAAGAUGCCGUCAAAACAGCUCUCAAUCUCGAGUUAAAAUUUGAUGUAUCCGUCUGUGAUACAGUACCACCAGGAGAUGCCAUUUCUGUUAUGUGUCCAAACCCACAUCAUGAAGUCUCCCAGCUUUUGGACAGAUUAAAUUUGACUGAUGUGGCGGACCAAUUGUUCGAGCUGAGUGUGAUGCCUGACACAAAGAAGAGAAGAGCGGCCAUUCCAGACCACAUUCCUCCCAAGUCUUCACUCCGUCAUAUUCUGACCACUUGUGUUGACAUCAGACAACCUCCCAAAAAGGCAUUAUUACGAGUUUUGCUCGAGUUCACCUCUAACCCCAUACAGAGACGACGUCUACAGGAGCUGUGUAGUAAACAGGGAGGCCAGCUGUACACACAAUUUAUACAUGGACCUGGGCUCUCUAUUCUAGACCUCCUCACAGCUUUCCCCUCUUGUUCUCCAACUGCUGUUAGACUUCUAGAACAUCUGCCUCGCUUACAGCCUCGACCCUACUCAGUUGCUAGUUCUCCCCUGGUUCAUCCAGGACAGUUAAGGAUCGUGUUCAACAUCAUUGAGAUAUCAGCGGGAGAAGGAAGAUGUGCCAGAAGAGGCGUGUGUACGGGUUGGUUAGAUGACAUCACAGGUGAAAUCCAGGUGUAUAAACCGGCUACACUGGAAAAUCAACUGACUACUCUGACACUGGAGGAAAACUCGCAGAUCCAGAUACCAGUAUUUGCUCGAACCAAUCAGAAUUUUCACAUGCCAGAAGAUCUCAGCAUCCCCUUGAUAAUGAUUGGUCCUGGAACAGGCGUAGCUCCAUUUGUGGGGUACCUUCAGCACAGAGAGUUCCUACUCAAGGAGACGACAACUGAGUCAGUAGGGGACACAUGGCUGUUUUAUGGAUGCCGACACAAAGAUCGAGACUUCCUCUUCAGGGAGGAACUAGAGAGGCUGAGAGAAGUCAGGGUACUGUCUGAGCUGUGUGUGUCAUUCUCCCGGGAUGAGGACAGGGGAGACAACAACCGAUAUGUACAGGAUAAUCUGCAGAGUCAUGGGCCAGCAUUAAUAGAGCUGAUAGAGGAGAAGGCUGCUGUGAUAUUUGUAUGCGGGGAUGCUAAAAAUAUGGCCAAAACAGUCAAUGACAUGUUUGUUGACCUUUAUCAAUCUUGCAAAGAUCUUAGUGCUGGUGAUGCUCGGUCCAAGGUGAUGUCAUUACGAUUGGCCCGGAGAUACCUGGAGGAUGUGUGGACAUGAUCUGUUUCUAAGAUCAAAUUGCAGACUCUGCUACUAUGUCAAUCCCUCAAUCUUUUCGCAUAUGAAAGAGCUAGUUUCAGUGCAAUUUAUGCAAAUUUUAAUUUGAUGUUGGAGACAAAACUCGAUUGAUUAGGUUGGCCAAUUACAGAACUUUACGAAAAGUAUAAUUUUAUCAGUCUAAAUAGAAUAAUGCCUUCAAUGAACACCUUGCAAACAUGUGAAAAGGUGAAGAACCAGGUAAUCUGCACACUGUGCACUAUUAACAGAGUGCAAUAGGUGUUGGGUGAAACUGUGUUAUUUUCAUCUCUUCACUGCCAUAAUGGAAGGAGGUGACAAGAUCGAUCCAUAACUACUUGGAUCAUUGAUAGGGGGCAAUAAUUUUUCAUCAAGAAAUUUUAUAUGUACCCUAUAGACAUGAUUUUAUAUCCUUGGGCCUUUUGUACAUUUUAUGGAAGUGACUUUUAUUUUAUUAAGAAGCUAAAGAAUACAGCUGUUCAUUAUUGUUUUUUUACAGUUUUACAUUCUAAGUGACUCUGUUAAUUCAUUUUUGCACUUGUACAGUUUUAGGCAAGCCAUGAGAUAAAAUUAUCUUUCAGAUAUUUUAACAUUUGAUUCUGUGGUACCAGAAAUAUUGGUAUCUUAGAAUCAUGAUAGGUUGAAAUGAAGCUUUAACUGUUUGAUAUCAAUCUUGCGAAAUCCUUCUGAUAUAAACAAUUUGCAUGUUCAUGUGAACACUGACUUGUUGAUAAAUCUGUGUUAAUCAAUUUUUUAGGGUUUAAAUCUUCAAAUGAUGAAUCAGGAUUUUUAUUACACAAGUUAAUUGCACUAAAGAAAUGUUUGUAUUGGGAAAAGCUGAUUCAUCAAGAUUUAUGAAAUGCCAGAAGUAUCAUUUUUGUACUUGCAGAAAAUUGGAAAUGAGCCAAUUUUAAAUAUUGGCUAAAUCUAUGCAUAUGCUGUUUGUUUAGAUAUGAAAUAUUCCGCCUGUUGCGUGUUCACUACAUGCUGAGUGUCACUGAGAUGUGACCAGCGUAAGCGACAUGUCCUGUACUUCCUGUAAUGUAGCUCCACACUUGUACAUCUGCAGGUGCAGUUUAUUUCGUGAUGACCUCUGAAUGUCCUGGUGUUAUCGGUUAGGAAACAUUAUAUUUAAUUACUGUUAAGUUUACAGUAAACUGUAAGAUACUUUCUCUUGAUACAUAUCUCACAAAUACAAUACAAUGUAAUAUACUUUCUGUUAAUACAUAUCUCACAAAUACAAGUAUGUUAUGUAUAUUUUUACACAACAUAUUAAAGUGACUAUGAAAGAAUAUAUAUAUAUAUAGGCCUA